UGAACGGCUAAAUGUAAUAGUUAUUGUUAAUUAUUGUUAUUACUAUUGAAUAACGAAAUAUAUUUUUUUCUUUUUUGUUUUAUAUUUUCUUUGUCUUUCUCUUUUUUUUUUGUCUUUCUUUUCCGAUCAUAACAUACAUUUGCUCUAUUUUAAGCCGUCAUCAUAUAAAAAUGUAAGUUUUUUAGCGCGCUUUUAUAUUUCUAGGGAAAUGUACAAAGGUACGUAUUUGAAACUAGCAGACUUAAACAAUAAAGGACAUACGAUACGUUCGAACGUGCUAUCCAAUAUUAUUCAUAAUAUACGAUAUUUAAUUAAUAAAAAAAGUAGGUAACAAUUGAAAAAGUCAUGUCAACCCACGCUGAUUAUUACUGAUAAAAUUAAUAAUAACAGAUAAAUAAUACCUAUUGUUUUCGUGAAAAUUGUGCAUUAUCAAUAUUGUUAAUAAAAAAAAAAAAAUCGAAAGAAACGAAAAAAAGGAAAAAAAAUUUAAUAUGCAGGACAUUUCUGGAAGAUGUGAGGAUGUACAAAAGAUAAUAUUAUCCUUGUUAGUUACCCGAAAGGAAGCAAUACCUUUGGGAGAACUUGCUAAAGAUUAUCAAGAUCAGGAAGGUGAAUCUAUACCAUGGAAAGAAUUUGGGUAUAUUACAUUAUUGGAUUAUCUGAAAAGCAUGCCAAAAUAUGUAUCGCUUGAAAGAUUAAAUGGUAUAUAUUAUGUUCGAGGUGUUGCUUCUGAAAAAUCCAAACAUGUUAGCUCAUUGGUAGCUCGACAAAAAAUAUCAUUAAAAAAACAAAGUCACAUACGGAGAACUUACAGACCCAGUUAUUAUUAUCCAAAGACAACAACUCCGAGAGUUCAUAUACCUGCAGAAAUUUUGAGUAAUAUAAUAUCUAUGGUUAAACAAAAUCCAAAUGGUAUUAAUAAAGAGUAUAUUUUACAAUAUGUCAAUGAUAAAUUACCAUGUAUAAAUAUAUCUGUUAUGGAUCUUGAUGAACAAAUAAAAAAUUUGUCGCAUGAGUUAUUUAUUAAAGGCAAUCGAAUCUUAUCAUGGAAGAAAAAGACAAAAUCUAUAUCUGAUCAAUUUAUAUCUAAAAAAAUGUUAUCCAAAGGAAAAAAAGUUAAUCCAGAAUCUGAAGAUUCUGUGGUACUAUCUAAGUAUAUUGUUAGUGGGGAAACUGAUUCUAAUAUAGAAUCGGAUAUUGAGAAUGAAGACAGUAUUCCAUUUGUUAAUUCAAAGUUGCGAAACAAUAGUGAAAAUAAAAAAAAAAUCUCAAACAAGAAACAAACUAUUUCUAUGUUUAUACAAGAGACUGUAUCUAGAUUUAAUAAUCAAGAUAAUAAGCUUAAUGAUAAAUCUAGAUUUGAUAACGAAGAAAUUAAACAUAAUAAUUUAGAGAACGAUGUUAGUUUACAGAUUCCUUUCAAAAAAUUACAAGAUGAUGUUACUUACUUAGAUAACGAAGAUAUAAAACUCCUUAUAAGUGAUAGAACAAGAUUUCGAUUAGAAAAACUUAUUCAAAAAUAUCCAAAUGGUAUUUGGUGUGCUGAACUUCCUGAAAAAUAUAUGGAAGAAUAUAAUGUACCUUUGAAUUAUAUUGAAUUAGGUUUCAAUAGUGUACGAGAAUUUGCAUCAUGUUUGCCAGAUAUCUUUCAAUGUAAACAAUUUCGUCCAUCGACGGAUUUUAUACUUUAUGAUGCAAAAAUGAAAUUGUCUGAUACAAAAACAAUUAAUAAAACGAAAUUUCAAAAUGUAGCUGAACUAUAUACUCAAUCAUAUUUAGAAGAAGAUGAAGUAGAGGCUUUACCUGUUGUAGUAUCAAGCGAUACAUCUAAUAAAUUAAUGCCAGAAGGGGUAAUGAUUAUAGGAGAAUGUGUAGGGCAAAUAAAUGUAACGGAUUUAGAAAGUAUAACACAGCCAUACAUAGAAAUUUUUGUUGAAGAAGUCUUUACACCAUCAUUAUUUUGGAUACAACUUCGUAAGAAAAAAAAACUUUUUAAUAAACUAAUGGAAGAUAUUCAUAAAUUUUAUCAAGAAAAAUCCACGAAUUAUAAAAUUCCUCCUGUUGUACUUGAAAAAGGUUUAAAUUGUGCAUGUAAAUAUAAUGAUAUAUGGCACAGAGGGAUAAUUAAAACUGUUAAACCUGAUUUGCAAAUAACUGUAAUGUUCUAUGAUUAUGGAACAUUAAAAACUUAUCCUCCUGAAGAAAUAUAUUAUCUACAUAGAUUAUUUUCAUAUUUACCAGCACAAGCAAUACCAUGUGGUCUGUACAAUAUUAAACCACAUAAUGGAGAGCAAUGGUCUAAGGGUGUUACUUAUGAAUUUGCUGAAAAAACUUGUAGCAAACCUCUUAUUGCAACUAUAGUAUCAACUGAUCCAGAGAAUAAUUCUAUGUUGGUAACUUUGACCGAUACAAUGGAAGAAGAAGAUGUACAUAUCAAUGAUUGGAUGGUUCAUCAAAAUUUGGCAGUACAUGGACAAAUGGGUGAUGUAGUCGAUAUGAGUAAUUUAAUGUUAUUUGUUGAGGAAAAUUUACUUUAUGCCUCAGAGAAAUGUUAUGGAAAGGAUUGCAUUACUCCUACAGUAGAGAAUGAAAAAAACUAUAUAGAAAGUUUAAUGAACAUUCCCCUUAUAUCACCCCAAAGUACAUUGUGUGAAAAAACAGUUGAAAUACUGCCUAAUUCAUCAUUAUCUACUGAAUCAUUCAAUUUGUUAAUAAAUACGGAUAAUAAUCCAUUUUUAAAUGAAUACAAUGGUGAAUGCAAUAGUGAGAAUAUACAAUCAAAUAUAAAAAAACCAUCAUCUACCAAUCCUUUCUUGGAAGAUGUAAAUAACCAGAAGAAUUUUACUAAUAUUUUAUCACCACAAAUGUUUAUGCAAAUUUGGAAGACAAAUCAAAGAUUUCAAAUGCAAAUAAUAACUAUGUUUAAUAUUCUUCUUGGAAAAAUAGAUUCAACUUCUGUUAACAUUCAUUCAUCAGAAAGUGAAAUAAAGAAAAGUUAUGAAGAACGUUUACUUUAUGCUUCUGAAUUUUUGAAGAAUAUAAUUUCAAAAGAAGAUAUAUCAUCUUUACUAAUAUCAAAACCACCAAACUGUUUUAAUAAUGUUCCAAUUGAUACUAGUUCUAACAAAAGUAAUGGAAUAUCUGUACCUUUAGUUGCAAAUAAUAAUGAUUAUGUUACUACUAAACGUUCAGAAAUCAAUGAUAAUAACAUAAACAAAGUACAAUUGGAAGAAAUAAAUGAAAUGAAUGGUAUUACUUCAAAUUCUAAACCACAAGUUCCAUGUAUCCAAUCUCUUUUUAUGGGAGAAAAUAUAAGUGCUAUUACAGAUUCAUCCAAUGGAAGAUCAGCUAUAAAUGAAUUCAAAACAAAUAUAUCUGCUUUCCCAUAUCAGAAUGAUUUUAAAGAUAACAAAAACGACCAGUUUAAUGCAUUGGGAUCAGGACUAAAAAAUGAAAUAAUAUAUAAUGAAUUUAAUGAAACCAAUCCUUUCAAAAUAUUAUUAAAAUUGAAAGAUUACAAAGACUCAAAUGUAAUUCAAGUAGAAAAUGAAAACCUUGAUAUAGAGAAAUAUUAUUCAUUAGAUUGUACUAAUUUUGAUAAAAAUUAUAUUGAAAUUAAUAAUACACAUGAUCGUAGAUCAAUGAUACAAUACAACGAUUAUACACCAUUUACUUCUAACUUUAUAUAUGAUUCUUUCUAUCCAGAUUUUAUAUCAACUAAUAAUACUAAUCCAUAUCCCUUAUUCAAAAAUAAGGAAGAUAUGACUUUUCAAUCUGAGGAUAGAUUGGUAAAUAAUCUACAAAGUAUAAAAAGUGAUUUCCAUUUUAAACAAGAAUUUCAAACAUCAAAUGGAAACUCUAAUAUAUCAUUAUUUUCUGAAAAUGAUUAUUUUCAAUCUUCUAAUAAUUAUUCCACAUCAUUGAAAAAUAAUAAAAUAGAACAAUUAAUUAAUCCAAAAUUUUCAUUACCAAUAAAUAAAUUAUCGAUAGCAGAUGAAGAAUUUCCGAGGUUUGAUAAAUUAAAUAUUAUAUCUAACUCAGUGAUGUAUACAAAUUUGUUAGAAGGAAAAGAUAUUAAAGAAUCAAAAUUUAAUAAUUCACAAAGAUUAGCAAAUAUUUCUACACGAACUUGGAUCAAAGAUACAGAGAAUACGUCAUCACAAGUAAAUAUUCAGAAUGAAAAUUAUACAAAUCAAUCAUUGAUUAAUUCUUUAAAAUUAGUAAAUAUAGAUCAACAGUUCCAAGCAACUGUAGAUAAUACUAAUCAUCAGGAGCCAAUUAAAAAUUUGGAUUUAGAGUUAACAAGUUUUCCAUAUAGAGAACAUAUAUAUGAUGAUACAAAAUAUUUUAAUUGUCCUACAGAAAAUAAUUUAGAUUUUCAGAUUGACAAGGGAAAGUUUCAAAUUAAUACAUAUUCAAAUGAUAUCAAUUGUGAGGAGCAGCAUGUAGAAAAUGAACAUAAUGCAAAUGAAGAAAAAAUUACUAAUGAAAAAAUAAAUAUUCCUUAUUAUGAAUAUUUAAUAAGUACUAAUAAGGGAUUAGCAAAGAUUUUUUUUCGAAUAGCAGAAAUAACAAAUCAAAAAUUAUGCAUAUUUCAUUUUGAAAAUGAAGGAUGGUUAUUAACUAACGAUUUUGUAGAAGCAUUUACUACUUAUACAACAGUUUCAGAAUAUUAUAAACAAUUGCAAAUUUGUCAUUUAAAUAUUAAUUUUAAAAAAAUCAAUAGAUUAGAUAGUCUAACUGCAUUUUUUCAACUCGAUAAAAUGCUGUUAAAUGUAUCUCGAGAUAAAGCAAAUAGGAUUAAUAAUAUUCACUUGAUGCCUUUAAAAUCUAUCAUUACAGUUCUUAUAAAACUAAAAAUUGUUACAUCAGAAGAAGUAAAUAAAGUUAAUAUAACAACAGGAUUUAGAAGAAAUUCAAUUUUACAGAAAGUAUGGAUUUUGAUUAGAUUUUAUGGACAGUUAAAACAUUUUGUGCAAAAAAGAAUUGAUAAAUGAAAAUUAAACACAACUUAUUAAUGAUCAUCAGAAUACAUUAAUCUGAUAAUCACAAUACAUUAAUUGGGUUAAUGUAAAAUUGAAUUAAUCUUAAUUAGGUAAUAAAUUAUAAAUUUACUUACAAUAGAUAAUUAUAAAUAGAUAGUAUGUGUAAGACAAAUUAUUUUUUAAUAUGUUAAUGUUGGUCUUAGGAUAGUAUGAAAAAAUAUUUUGUUUACAACUUGUAUAUAGAAAAUAUACAAAUGACAUGUAUUAGACAGGAUAUCCAAUACAAAGAGUUGUGCUAUUAAUAAAAAAAAAUAUAUAUAUAUUUUUUAUUUUUAUAAUACUAAUAAUAAAAUUUAAAUACCGAAUGAGAAUAUAUUAUUAUAUUUAAAAAAUGUGUUAUUUAUAAUCAAAAUAUUCCUAUAAUGACUUUAAUUUUUUUAUUAUAAUCAUAAUAAUUCUAAAAAUAACAUUUUCAAGUCAAAUUAAUUUAAAAUAUAACAAAUAAUCUAUUUAAAUCGAUAACUGAGUGUUCAAAUGAUUAACCUAUAACCGGAAACGAUGACAUCUAUCGGAAUUUUGUUAUAAUAACGAUACUACUACGUAUUCUAUAACAGGCAGCUAUAAGUAAUGUGAGCAAGCACGUCGUAGUAGACGGUUUUGCUUGUUUAAUGUUCAAAUUUUUAAUAUUGCUUCGUUUAUUCUGAAAAUUUACGAAAUAUAUUUAUAACAACAAAAUGGCUGAUAAAAUAAACAAAGAAGCAGAAAACUUGAAAGGUUUUUCAAAAUAUUUUAAUAGUGUGACGAUACAAGGACGAGCCAAUGUAGCUAAAACAACGUACGCUCUUGUAGCUCUAAUUUCAGCUUACUAUUAUCUCAAACCAAAGAAAGAAGUGGCAAAAUAAAAAAAUGAAGGCAAAUAAUCAUCUUACAUAAUGAUUUUGUCCAUAAAUUAGGUGUGCUAUUUACUUAAUAAAAAUGUAGUAAACAAUUUAUAAUCUGUGUCCUUUGUAUUUUCAGUUAUCUAUUUAAAAUUAUUGUAUGCAUUAAUAGAUGCAAGCCUUGCAAUGUUACAAUUUCAAUUAUUUUUUCCAUAGUAUAUUUUUAGUAUAAAUGUUUCUUUGAAAUUGUUAUAAUAUUUUCAAAUUGUUUUUAUUACUAUUAUAAAUUUCUUACAAAUAAAUAUAUUUAAUCAAUAGAAUUGUAAUGUUAUGUUCAAUAUGGAUUGUGUUAUUAAGAUUUUUUAAAAGAUAGAUCUUUGACAGCUAGAUCAAAUACUAUGUUGAGAUACUUUAGAAGUUCUUUAUUGGAAAAAAAAAAGAAAAAUAUAUAUAUAUCUAUGGCCUAAGAAUAAAAAAUAAUUAUUUAUUGAUAGAUUAUCUUUGUUUAUUAUUUACAUAUAAUUUAUUAUAUAAGUAUGGCUAAAUUGAAAAAAAUAAUUAUAUAUAUUUACAUGUGUGCAUACGUUUACCCUCAACUUGAAAUACAUUUUUAUUUGAUAUAAAAUCAUAUUAUCUUAAACAUAUUAAUAUUCGAACUUAAGAAUAACAAAAAGCAAUGACAAAUAUUACA